AUGGCUCAACAAACGCCUAAAUCACACUCCCUAAAAAUUCCUGACAACUACCUCGGCCAGCAAGGCGCCUACAUCUCGUCUAAUGGAGCCUUUAUUUGUCAUCAUACACCAAACCAACCGAUGCGCAGAGGUUCUGUAGUGUGCCUCGCGCCAUGCCCAUCUCCGCCACAUCUUUCCAGUGCCUACUUUGUUUAUGCCCCGGCAGAUGGGCUCUGUCGGCUCGCCAGUGCAGGUCUGCACAAACGAGCCUCUGGGGCUUUUUUAGCUGGCCCCUGUCCCUCUAAUCAGCCUCAGAGGCAGUCGCCGUGA